AGUGAUCACGUGCAAUCAAACUCGGUUUGAUAAGAUCUGAAAAAGUGGUUUUUCUGCGAUCACAACUGGACAAGCUCAAGCACAACGCAUGCGGCGCAGGAUACGUAUCGAGCAAUAUUAUGAAUAUACAGCUGAAUGUAUCACACCGGCGGAAAUAUUGGAGAGAAAAUGUAGUUAUAAUGAGAGUAAAACGUGGAAUCGUUGGCAAAUUUCUGCGUGAUAUUGUGAUAUGUUUUCACACUUGAACUCACAUUUUAACUGAUUUGCGCGUUUGUGCUGUGGCUGCAUCACCUGGCCUUCAAGGAGUAUGUACUUGUGGCGCUCUGUCACCAGAGCACUUCAUCGAUCAAUGUCAACCUCCUCCCUUCCACCAUCACCUAUCCCUCUUCUAACGUCGGUCGCAUCGUACAGACAAUGGCGGCAAAGAGCCUUCGACGAAGGGAAAUCUGUGGGCUUCGUGCCGACCAUGGGAGCUCUUCACGACGGACAUCUGUCUCUUGUUCAGAGGUCACUGGCCGAAAAUGAGCUGACAGUUCUUUCCAUCUUUGUGAACCCAGCCCAGUUCGCCCCGCAUGAAGACCUUGCUACGUACCCUCGCACCUUACCAGGGGACCUGGAGCUCCUUACAGCACAACAGGUUACUGUGGGCGGGACCGUGAGGAAAGCCUCUGCUGUAUUUUUACCUUCGGUCCAGGACAUGUAUCCAUCUGGUAUAAGCCAAGAUGUUUCGACACAAAAGGGAGCAUUCGUCGAGAUGAAGGGAUACGGACAUCAGAUGGAAGGUGCAAGCAGGCCAACAUUUUUCCGAGGUGUGGCGACAGUUGUAACCAAACUAUUUAAUGUAGUCCAGCCUACAAAUGCGUAUUUCGGCCAGAAAGAUAUCCAGCAAGCCUUACUUCUUCGGAGACUCUGCAAGGAUAUGCUUUUUCCACACCCCGAAGGUGACCACGUCCACAUCGUCCCCACGACCCGUGACCCGAAUGACAAGCUGGCUUUGUCGUCUAGAAACGCAUAUCUCUCUGCAAAUGAGCGGAAAUUUGCACCUACGAUUUACAAGGCCCUUCAAUACGCCGAGUCCGCGUGGUCGAACGGCGAAUCCAAGGACCAAUGCAUUUUAAAAGCUGUUGCUCUCAUCGACGAAGUAAAAGCACAGGCUGCCAUGGACGGAGUGGAUGUGCGGCUGGAUUAUAUAGAGAUGAAUGAUUCAGAGACGUUCGACGUUUUGGACGCGACUUCGAACCAUCAGUUGACAGGAGAUAUACCUGUGAUUCUGAGCGGUGCGUUAUGGGUUGGGAAGACCAGGUUGAUCGACAAUAUCGUAGUUGGUGAACUCAAACGCAUAAUUAGAUAGCUUGCAAAUAGAUGUGGAUAUGGAAAGAAAGUUAUUAAAUACUGAAGCGCAUU